CUCACAACUCUUUCUCCUCCACGUCGUGUUCAAUUCUUCUUUCUUUCUUUCGUCACUGCAGAGAGCAGCGAGGAGAGGGGUCCGACUGCGUCGCCCAAGAUGAUGACGCCUAUGCGUUAUGUGUUGGUCGUCUUGACCUUCAUAAUCAGUCUGCACUGGAUCCUCAGCAUAUCGCAUGAGGGUUAUGGGCAAGUGACAUCUAUAUCUCACAUAACGGACAAGCUCGGUAUCGGUGCCCAGGCGCCCAGCCCGCCGUACAAGACACCUGUACCCGAUGAGUACUACCACGCCGGUGACAAGCCCAAGCCGCCGGAGCGCAAAGCCAACGCCGUCUUUGUCCUUCUCGCGCGCAAUAGCGACCUGAACGGCGUCGUGCCGAGCAUGAAGCAAAUGGAGGACCGCUUCAAUAAGAAGUUCAACUACCCCUACGUCUUCCUCAACGACGAGCCCUUCAGCGACGAGUUCAAGAAUCGUGUAUCUGAACUCACGGAUGCGGACGUCAAAUUUGGCCUCAUUCCCAAGGACCAAUGGGUCCAGCCGAGCUGGAUCGAUGAGGACCGGGCUAGGGCCGCCAGGGAGGACAUGGUCAAGAACAACGUGAUCUACGGAGGAAGCGUCCCUUACCGUAAUAUGUGCCGAUUCAACUCCGGCUUUUUCUACCGCCACGAACUGCUGAAGGACUACAAGUACUACUGGCGCAUCGAGCCCGAUGUCAAGUUCUUCUGCGAUCUCGACUACGAUCCAUUCCUCGUAAUGCAAGACGGCGACAAGGUCUACGGCUUCACUGUCUCUCUUUACGAGUACGAGGCUACCAUCCCAACAUUAUGGUCCGCCACCAAGGAGUUCAUCAACGCGAACCCUGACCUUGUCUCGCCUGACAACGCGAUGGCCUUCCUCUCCGAUGACGGCGGCGAGACCUACAACCGCUGCCACUUCUGGUCCAACUUCGAGAUCGGCUCGCUCGACCUUUGGCGCUCGGAGGCAUACACCAAGUACUUUGACUUCCUCGACGAGAAGGGCGGCUUCUACUACGAGCGAUGGGGCGACGCCCCCGUGCACAGCAUUGGCGCCGCGCUCUUCGCGCGCAAGGACCAGAUCCACUUCUUCAACGAUAUCGGAUACCGGCACGAACCCUUCCAGCAUUGUCCCCAGGGCGAAGCGCACAAGAAGGGCAAGUGCUGGUGUGACCCCGCGCAGAACUUCGAUUAUGAGUGGUACUCGUGCUUGAAUAGAUACGACAAACUGUUCUAAUCUGGGUGCUGGGCUCUGCACACAUACACCGAUUGUAUUUAUCUAUCCCGUGCGCAGCACGUAAUGCAUUUUGUUUUCAUUG